ACCAUAAAAUGAAACUCAUUGAGGUCCAGUGUUGUUUUGGACCUCACUGACAUUCAAUAUCAAAACAGUUCUUAAAAUAUUUGAUUUUGCAUUUCACUGAAGUCAUACAGGUUCUUUAUGCAAAUAUAGUCCAGUUUGACUGACCACCUGUCUGACAUGUCAAUAUUUUAUUUUCAUUUUCAUUCUUACUGUGCAUGAUGCACUAUAAAUACAGUAUGACAGAUUUCAAUCCAUGUUGAUUUCUAUUCCAGAAAUGUCUUGCUCAAGGCAAGACAUGCUUUCUUCAUUUUCUUCAAGUAGAAGCGGUGAUAAUCCUGAAAACAUUCAUAAUUCACCAAAUGAAAGAUGGAAAAUAAAGGGAGAGGUUCACAGUCUUUUAGAAGAGAGGAUUCGUCCAUACAUUGAUCUGAUAGACACUCUGCGGUCAGUUGGCAUUCACAAGGACUUGGCAUUACCAACUAUUGCAGUGAUCGGAGACCAGAGUUCUGGAAAAAGCUCUGUGUUGGAAGCGCUGUCUGGAGUUGCAUUACCAAGAGGAAGCGGAAUUGUCACCAGAUGUCCACUAGAGCUGAGGCUGAAGAAGGUAAAAGUUGGAGUCAACUGGAAGGCUGUUCUAUCUUACCAUGAUAAGAGAAUUGAAUUUGUGGAUUCAUCAUUAGUUGAAAGACAUGUUAUAACAGCCCAGAAUGAACUGGCAGGAAAUGGGGUGGGAAUAUGUGAUAAGCUCAUCACUUUAGAGGUCAUGUCACCAGAUGUGUGUGACUUCACACUGAUCGAUCUACCUGGAAUUGCCCGAGUCCCAAUUAAAGGACAACCAGAGGAUAUUGGAAACCAGAUCAAAAGUCUGAUAACAAAGUUUAUUAAGAUAAAAGAGACUAUAAACCUGGUAGUGGUCCCUUGUAACACUGACAUUGCAACAACAGAAGCAUUGAAAAUGGCACAAGAAGUAGAUCCUGAGGGCAUAAGAACUAUUGCCAUUUUGACCAAGCCAGACCUCAUAGACAAGGGAACAGAGAAGAACAUUCUGGACAUUAUCCAGAACAAAGUGAUUCCUCUCCGCAAAGGUUACAUCAUGGUAAAGUGUAGAGGACAACAGCAGAUCAAUGAGAACAUUUCUCUAGAGGAGGCAGCUCAAAUGGAGAGAGAUUUCUUCCAAAACCAUGACUAUUUCAGAUGCCUCUUGAAUGAGGAUAAAGCGACAAAUAAAAGUCUUGCUAUCAAACUGACUCAGCAUCUCGUUGAUCAUAUCAAAAAAUCACUGCCACAGCUCAAUGAGCAGAUAAAAAAGCAGUUGUGGGACCUGAGGAAUAAGCUCAAAGAGUACAAGGCUGGACCACCACAGGAUCCUAAGGGGGCCAAACAGUUCCUCAUUGAAAUCUUAACAAGAUUCAAUGAUCAAAUAAAGUCCUUAUCAUCAGGAGAGCUGAUUAUUGAGGAAAAUAUGUUUCUCCAGCUUCGGGCUGAAUAUAGGAAGUGGAACGAUCAUCUUGAGGAAACAAAGACAUCCUUCCAAGAAUUGACUGAAGAGAAAAUAGAGCAUAUCCAGGAUUUCAGAGGAAGGGAACUGCCCGGCUUCAGCAACUACAGAACUUUUGAAGUGAUUCUGCAGAAGCAUGUGGAAACACUUCAAGAACCAGCCAUCAACUUACUCAACACCAUCAAAAGCAUCAUCAUCAAGCAAUUCACUGAUGUAGUCAAUCAGUGUUUCUGGAACUACUCGGUUCUUCUAGAAAUCACUAAGGACAAAAUUGGCAACAUUCAGUCAAGUCAGCAAGAGAAGGCAGAGCAGAGGAUCUUAGAGCAGUUCGAAAUGGAAAACAUGAUCUACACUCAAGAUCCCAUCUACUUGAAGAUCUUGAAUGAGAUUACCGACGAGACAUUUUCAGAAAAGGAGUUACCUGUCUUUGACAAGAAAUGCAAGUACAUUGACAUGUUGGAGGCAUAUUAUAAGAUUGUGGUGCAGCGAAUGGCUGACCAACUGCCCAUGAUGAUCUCCCUUUUCAUGCUGAAGCAGACUGCUCAGCUCCUGUAUACUGACAUGUUGAGUUUACUGGAUGGGGAGAAUGUAUGCGAGCUCCUGUUUGAGAACUCUGAGGUCAGCAGAAGGCGCAGAGACCUACAAGAUCGCAUGGACCGUUUGAGUAUUGGCCAGAAAGUCAUGAAUAGUUUUGAAAGAUCUGCUGACUAGAGAAUAUUAUCUAAAAAAAUAAAACAUUUGACAGCUUAAUCCAUUAAAAUCUCUUCACAUAUUAAUUGUUUUUUUUGUUUGGUUUUUUGUUUUUACUAGAUUGCAGUUAUGGGUCCCACUUUAUAUUAAGUGCCCUUAACUACUAUGUACUUACAU